AUGAGUGAGGAAGAAUUGAUUAACUUGGUAGAAGUAAUGUUAAAUGAUGAUCCGAAUACUAUUCGAUUAGGUAAUAAAGGUAUAAAAGAAUUACCGGUGGAAUUCAUCAAUUUCAUUACAAUAGAUUAUAAAAUUGAAAGACUUGGACUUGAACAAAAUCAAUUGACUACGCUACCACAGGAAAUUUGUAAUUUAGCCCAUUUAAGAUAUUUAAACAUCUCUUAUAAUGCAUUCAAGGAAUUUCCUGGGGCGUUGUGUUCGAUGAAAAAUCUAGAAAUUUUGGAUUUAAGUAGAAAUAAAAUUCGCAAGAUGCCAGAAGAUUUUGGAACAUUAAUGUCAUUAAAGUUGUUAAAGAUGUCAAAAAAUCACAUAAGACAAAUACCGUUAUAUAUAUCAGAAAUGAAGGAUUUGCAAUAUCUAAAAUUGGAUAAUAAUCCAAUCGUAUUUCCACCUAAAUCUGUUCAUAUUAUGCCAAAAGGAGAAGAAAAAGAAGUCAUGUUACCUUGGUUGGAAAAUUUAAAAGAAUAUUUAAGAAAGCAUUCAAGUAAUUAUUCUUCAAUAGCUAUAAAAGAAAAUGAUGUGGAUGAGAGUGACCACUCAAGCGGAGAGGAAGAUUUGCAUAAUAAAGGGUUAAAGAAAUCAACAUCAUCGGAUAGUAUAAAUUUUAUAAUGAAUACAAGAACGAAUACGGGAGAUAAUCCAAAUUCACAUUUAAAAACCAUAACGGAAGAUGAAAAUGUAUCAUCAAAAAUUAAAAAACAAACGAUAACACCGUUAAUAAAUGAAAGGAAAAAACAAAUACCAAAGUUGAGUUUAGAUUUACCUGCGAUAAGAAAUAGAAGUUACUCAAGUGAUGAUCCAUCAAUAUUACAUAACGUUCAAAAAAAUUUAGCAAGACAUUCGAAAAGCUUUUCAUCAGAUUCGAUAAGUUCGUCAACAAAUAAUAGUAAUCAUUUAUCAUAUCAUGGGGGACAUUAUAAUGAUCAAUAUUAUAUUGUAGAAGAGAAGGAAAGUGAUAGUUAUUUUACGAGAUUAAAAAAUUUAUUACCUUCCGAACAUUUACCAAUGAGUGAUGUAUCUUUACGGGAAGCAUCAAGGUGUAUCCUAUACGCGUUUUCUCAAAUACACAAAGCGUUAAGACAAUUUGCAAAUUUUACGGGAAGUGAAAAAUUAUUUUUUAAUGAAUUAAAUAAGGCUUCAAAAACUUUAGGACAAUUAAGUAAUAAUUUGUGUAAAUUUGAUAGUAUCUCAUUACAAUCUCCUCCCGAAACCGAGUUAUGCGAGAAAUUAUUAGGCUCAUGUCAAGAAAAUAUAUUAUGUUUUAAACAAUUGAUUGAUAUAUUAAAUAAGAGGUUAAAGGGAAUCGUUACUCAAUCAUCCGAUAAUAUGAGAUAUAGCAGAACAUUAUUGUUAAUGCUAAAUGGAAGUAUAGCUGACAUUAAAUUUGCAUGGGAAAUUUUAUUUCCUUUAUUGAAUGAUUACACUCCUUAUACCGGGAUAAGCGGUGGAAUUGCAAUACCAACCCCACUUUAUUCGGCUGGUGUAAAUUCAAAUGGUUCAAUAUCUCCUUAUAAUUUAAAUACACCAAGCACGACCGGUCUACCUUCGCCCUAUCUUUAUAAUGAAAAUGGGAUCAAUUCGAAUGGUUUGAGCGCAUCAUCUACUAUUGGGGUUGGAAUUGAAAGGACUACCAGCAGUAGCCCUUUGCCCGAUAUAAGGUUCCCUGUAAAUAUCUUCGAGCAAUUAUUAUCUAAAGUUGAUGUUUCUAUUAAGAAUGUCGAGUACGUUGUAAAAUAUUUAUCGGAAAAUUUAGAUCAAUUUUUAACCACUUCAACAAAUUCUGAUCCCGCAGGAGGAGGGGAAGGAGGGGAAGAACUUUCUUUAAAUAAAAUUAAAGAAUUAAGAAAUUUAGUAAAAAAUACUAUGGAUGUUACUAGAAGGUUAAAGAAAAGUUUAUUGGUUGCUAGAUUAUCUUCAAGUCAAAAAGAAGAAUUAAGCGUGCAAUUGAAAGUACAUGGGGAUUCAAUAGUUUUCUUACAGACAACUGUAAAAAUGUCCAGUUUAGCUAAAGAAGUCUCAUUAGAAUUUCCUUUACCUAAUAAAAUCAUGUCGGGUUUAGGUCAUGUAACAAAAACAAAUAUUGAUUUAACCAAUUUCCUUAGAGCAAUAGAAAAUAACCCUACAGGCUUGUCAACAACACAAUACCCUUCCACAUUAUUGAUACAAGACAAUUCCUCUGUUACAUUUCUUUCUAAUGAUCCUUUAUCCAGUUCGCCUAUUCCAACUCCAAAUCAAUCCCCUCCUCACAGUAAAAGUAAUAGUAUUAAUGAAAUAGAUGAAGAUAUUAAACCUUGUAUGAUUGUAACAACUGAUGAUGAUGGUGAUAAAGAAAUUGAAGUUACUGAAAUCGGUAAUGAAGAUGAAAACAAGGAAUCGUAA